AUGUCGCAUUUCUCACAGUAUAAGGACACCAUCCAGCCUGGUGAUCUAGCAUUGGCCUGGGUCUCUCGAGACAAUGUGAAGCCUUUCAGAAUAGUGCCGGGAGAAAGCUUUAACACCAGAUAUGGGUCUUUUGAACAUAACGCAAUGAUUGGAAAACCGUAUGGCUCGCAGAUCGCCGUGAGAACCAAAGGAUCCAACAAGUUCGGUUUUAUACAUGUACUGCAAGCAACUCCAGAGCUAUGGACGAUUUCACUGCCGCAUAGAACCCAAAUUGUCUAUACACCAGACUCAUCAUAUAUUAUACAGAGACUUCAAUGCACUUCACGCUCGAGAGUAAUUGAAGCCGGUACCGGGUCCGGGUCGUUCUCACAUGCCUUCUCAAGGACUGCAGGUCAUUUGUUUUCGUUCGAGUUUCACGAGGUCAGGUAUCAGCAGGCUAAAAAAGAGUUUGAAGACCAUGGGUUGAUUGCAGACGGGAAUGUCACAAUUACUCACCGGGACGUGUGCCAAGAUGGGUUUACUAUCAAGCCCACUGACACUACCAGCUACUAUGAAGGUUCAUCCGCUCACCCCCAUGUUGCAGUCACACUCGACGCAGAUGCUGUGUUUUUAGACUUACCAGCGCCUUGGGAUGCUAUUCCACAUCUGGAUGAGGUCAUUAUGAAAAACGCUAAAGUCAUUCUGUGCUGCUUUUCGCCAUGUAUAGAGCAAGUGGACAAAACUUUAGAAAUCUUAGAGAAGCACGGUUGGACCGACGUCGAAACGGUAGAGAUUCAAGGAAGACAAUACGAGGCCAGACGUCAAAUGGUUCGGAAACUAGACGAUGCCUUGAAUCGACUGCGCGAUGUUAGAGAGCGCAAGCAAGUUGGGGUGGAGCGUCGCAAGCGGAUGUUCACUAAAUUGCUGAACGAAGAAGACACUGCUUCCGAGGUAAGGCCUCCCACCGAAAAAACGCAAUUCAACCCGUUCGGUAAAGGUUCCCGAGUAAAAGAAGGUGAUACGAAGUUCCAGUGGAAAGAAGUUACGAAAGUAGAGGCCGAAAUCAAAUCUCACACUUCGUAUUUGACGUUUGCAUCUAAAAUUGGCAAAAUAUCCAGGAAUGAAGAAGAAGUGCUACGGGAACUCCAAAAAGUCAGAGACGGCAAAUCAAAUAAUUAG